AUAACCACCGCGAGGGGGAACAACCAUAACCACUGCGAGGGGGAAUAACCAUAACUACCGCGGGGGGGAUAACUAACCUGUAUUAACCCUGUGAGGGCACCAGGGGGUAUAAUCACCAUAACCACCGCGAGAGAGCCCCAGAGGGGGAAUAGUCACCAUAACCACCGUGUGAGGCCCCAAGGAGGGGAGGGGGAAUAACCACACAGGCUGUGAGGGCACAGGAUCCUAACUGCCUUUUGUGUGAGGCAGCUCAGGGGGAUACAGAGUGUGGAUCCUAUGUGAUAGCUGUGUGAGGCAGCUCAGGGGGAUACAGAGUCUGGAUCCUAUGUGAUAGCUGUGUGAGGCAGCUCAGGGGGAUACAGAGUGUGGAUCCUAUGUGAUAGCUGUGUGAGGCAGCUCAGGGGGAUACAGAGUCUGGAUCCUAUGUGAUAGCUGUGUGAGGCAGCUCAGGGGGAUACAGAGUCUGGAUCCUAUGUGAUAGCUGUGUGAGGCAGCUCAGGGGGAUACAGAGUCUGGACCCUAUGUGAUAGCUGUGUGAGGCAGCUCAGGGGGAUACAGAGUCUGGAUCCUAUGUGAUAGCUGUGUGAGGCAGCUCAGGGGGAUACAGAGUCUGGACCCUAUGUGAUAGCUGUGUGAGGCAGCUCAGGGGGAUACAGAGUCUGGAUCCUAUGUGAUAGCUGUGUGAGGCAGCUCAGGGGGAUACAGAGUCUGGAUCCUAUGUGAUAGCUGUGUGAGGCAGCUCAGGGGGAUACAGAGUCUGGAUCCUAUGUGAUAGCUGUGUGAGGCAGCUCAGGGGGAUACAGAGUCUGGAUCCUAUGUGAUAGCUGUGUGAGGCAGCUCAGGGGGAUACAGAGUCUGGAUCCUAUGUGAUAGCUGUGUGAGGCAGCUCAGGGGGAUACAGAGUCUGGACCCUAUGUGAUAGCUGUGUGAGGCAGCUCAGGGGGAUACAGAGUCUGGAUCCUAUGUGAUAGCUGUGUGAGGCAGCUCAGGGGGAUACAGAGUCUGGAUCCUAUGUGAUAGCUGUGUGAGGCAGCUCAGGGGGAUACAGAGUCUGGACCCUAUGUGAUAGCUGUGUGAGGCAGCUCAGGGGGAUACAGAGUCUGGACCCUAUGUGAUAGCUGUGUGAGGCAGCUCAGGGGGAUACAGAGUCUGGACCCUAUGUGAUAGCUGUGUGAGGCAGCUCAGGGGGAUACAGAGUCUGGAUCCUAUGUGAUAGCUGUGUGAGGCAGCUCAGGGGGAUACAGAGUCUGGAUCCUAUGUGAUUGCUGUGUGUGGCAGCUCAGGGGGACACAGUCUGCAUCCAGUGCGAGGCCGCUCCACCUGUAAGUGCUGUUUUGAGGGAGAGGGAAUUAAAUAAAAGCUCUGAAGCUGCUAAGUGAGUCUGCUCAAGGGGAUUAAUAUACAGAAUCUUCCUGUAAUUGUUGUGUGAAGCUGCUCAGGAGAUUUUAAAACCAGCUCCAUCAUGUCAAUAAAUACUGAGUGAGGCUGCUCAAGGGGCUAAGAUCAGGUCUUUCACUUCAUGAGGCUGCUCAAUGAACUUAAACCUGUCCACCCCCUCUAUAACUGAUGUUUAAAACUACUCUGGAUAAGCACUCCUUUCCUAUGCUUAUUCUGUGAGUUACUUAUUUGGGGUUGGACAACAGAUUUCAAUUGAGGGUGCUUAAAGGAGGCUCAUUGUAGAUGCCCUUUGAAGAUGAUCAGGGGGACAUAUAAUCUACCCCCAAUAUUACCUCGGUAGGAUGCUGUUCAGGAAGUUUGGGAAUCGGAGAGGAUUUGGCAGUCAUUGACCCCAUCACUGGUGAACCUGUGGCUGAUUAGCUCAACAAAAUGACCUUAUUUUUGGGGUGCUGAAGGUCCGUUAAGGAACCGAUUUUAGGGUUGUAUCAUCGAUGACUGCGAGAAGGCUGCAGCCGGAUUAGAUCUGUGUCUCCAGAUUGGUUUGUGGAAAGUCUGGAAUUUACUACAUGUUCUAAUUUUUAAACUGAUCUUUCGUACUGCUGAACACGGGAGGUUUCAGCUUUUGAUGGCAUUAGAAUUGGCAUUAGAAUUGUGUUAUAAAUGUGUAGGAGAACAUUUUAAGUGUUAUGAGUAUGCAAUUAUGCUAAAUGUUUUGGAGUUGAAUUGUGGCAGUUGAUAUCAAUAAGCAUUUAGUGAUAAUAAUAUUACUAAAUAUUGGUAGCCUGGUUUGAAGGAUUAUCUGAGGUUUAUUGGAUUUGUGGAGUGCACAUUUUGGAUUUCGGCAAAUACCUGAGCAUAUUUGUAUUCCAGUAUUAUUUAACCUUUUGAUGGUGGGGUGAUUGGAUGUUAGAUGUAAUGUGCAAAUAGCAUAGAAAGUGCUUUCAUAUCCUAUCUAGAUACCUAAAGUGGGAAAUAACCCUGUGAUAUAAAAUAAGGGCCCCCUCUAGGCAAAGGGGUCCCAUAACAACUGUGAAAUUGGGGGUGACACCGAGCAUCCCGAGGUUUGGAGGGGUUACUCCUGGAGGCCCCGGUAUGAAAGGGAAGGAGGAGGGUGGUAGUGGGGGACGCCCCUCGGGGGUGAGUGGGAGUACAGGAGGGAUUGGGGGAAGCCCAGAGAAAAGUGUUAGUGCCCAGGAGCUUAAGGAGCAAGGCAAUCGUCUGUUUGUGGCUCGCAAAUAUCAGGAGGCGGUGUCCUGUUAUAGCAAAGCAAUAGUAAGUGUGGUUUUAUCAUGUCCUUGUUAAAUUUCGACAAAGCUUACGAUGCUUAACCUUAUGGCAGGGGCAGGCAAUCUUUGGCACUCCAGAUGUUGUGAACUACAUGUCGUAUAAUGCUCCUAUAAGGCAGAGCAUCAGAGGAGACAUGGAUCACAAUGUCUGGACUCCUGAAGGUUGUCUACCCUGGCCCUGCGGUCUUACUUAUGACACACAUAGCUGUGUAAUGCAGAUUUCUCUCUGGUAGUGAAAGUUACAUGACAGCACUGCCGUGGUACCAAUUCUAGUCUGUGAGAAGCAUUCCCAGCGUUUGAUGGCGGCUACGUCACUAUGUUUGACACGAAACAGAAGGCCUCCAGUUUUUGAAGGACUUCAGUGAAGAUGCUCCUCUUAUGUCAGUCAGAAUCUUACAUUGCCAGCUUCAAUGUAACCACUAAAAGAAGCUGCGAUGGUUUUAGUGCGUAGUCUCUCAUUAAAUCACUCGCCUCAAAGUGACCUGGCAACGUUUUAUCAUGUUAAUGGCUGUUGUCAGUUUUCUUUUUUCAAUUUUAUGUGCACCAGGCAUUAAAGCGUCGGCUGCAGGAUAAUUGUCUCUAGAAAGCUUUCUCGAUUUCUUGCUGUCCUUGCAUGUUUGUACUGGUGCACUCCGAUGAUUUGUUUCUUUAAGGGAGUUUCAAGACACAUUAUAUAGAAUACAAUGUAACAAUAUUAACUCUUAAUAAAGCCAGUCUUUGUUUUCAGUUGCUCAUUCACUCUUCAUGUUUCUCCCAGUAACACGUCUGUGUCACAGCCGCCAAUACAGCCGCUGAGUGCAGUUCAUUCUUUUUAACAUGGAAUGAAUGACAUUUAAACUUAAUACUCUGACUACUGUUCAGCUGCUGUCUCAUCGAUUUCUUCCCUUCCAGCAGCAUAUACUGAUUCAUCUUUAGUUUCAAUUUGCAAAGCAAUAGAAAAAAUAUAUAUUAAGCCCAUAAAGCCUCACUUAUAUUUCCCCAGUAGUGGUAUUCACACCUCACAGAUCCACAUCUUCAUGCAGAGGGACUAUUCACCACAGCCCGGUCCGCUCUGCACUCCUCAACAACUUUUGUAGUACACGCAUUGACUAUAGUCAGGGAGGGGAGUGAGGAGGAAGGAAUGGAUUUGAAGACCCGUGUAUACUAGAUUACAGUGUUACUAUGUAGUCUGUAAUAACUAUCACUUUUAUGUCCUCUUAAUUUCUCUCUCUAUCUCUGUAUAUUCCAUUAUUUUUUUUAAAUUUUCCCUACAUGCAGACCCGGAACCCCUCCAUUGCUGUCUACUAUACAAACAGAGCUCUAUGUUACCUGAAAAUGCAGCAGCUGGAUAAGGCCCUGGCAGACUGCAAACAUGCCCUGGAGUUGGAUUGCCAGUCUGUGAAGGCUCACUUCUUCUUGGGGCAGUGCCAGAUGGAACUGGAUAAUUACGACGAGGCCAUCGGCAAUCUGCAGAGAGGUGAGCUGACUAAACCUGAUCUGAUUUACUUCCCUGAUCGCUUGUGUUGAUUUGCAUUUAGUGAAUAACUUCCUACAUAUUUACAGGCACUGUGUAGAAGGUGGCUGAGCAGUAGAUAAUGGAUGUUAGAGGACUUCAUCUCCCAUGAUGCUUCACUAGUCUUGAAGCAUAGUUGUAGUUUAACAGCUCGGGAUUAACCAUGGGAUCGUUCUUCACUAAAUGAGACCUCAUGCAGUUGUUUAACCUGAAGAUUAUUAUUAUUAGACAAUGAAUGAGAAGGGUGUCACGUGUGCGUAAUGCUAUGAGAUUCCUGAGCAGCAUUAUUUAGGGUAUCAGGUUAUGACAACCUGGUGAAUGCCGUCACCUGAUAUUUACUGGGAAGAGAUUACAGUUCAAACUGAACUAUGAGAGGUUAAGGUCACAGCAGGUGCGUGACGCGUCGGAUACUAGAAUGCACAGGAAAAGACUCACAUCCGUUUUACAGGCAUUCCAGAAUAGAUUUGACCCUUUUUAAGGAUCAUAUGUAGAAUGCAUCAACAGCAAUAUGGCAAACUCCUCAAUUAAACCAGCAUUUUCUGUAAAUCCCCAGGCUGUGCAGCGUGUGCAGUCAGUUCUACCUAGACGAGGAAGCGACUCAGGCAGGCAUGAUAAUUCUGCACUUAUGUACUGUGGCGAAAGUGACCUCGCCACUGGUUUUUGGAGGGGCCUGUUUGCCCGCCUCCUACCUUCUGACUAUGGCCCCUGGAAGAUUGUGCCCUUUAACAACAGUCUUGGGGCUUAUGGACUUCUAUUGGACUGUGUAUGGCCCUUGCUAAACUUUAACCCCAUGGCGAUUUUAUUCUGUUUGUGGGAUCUGAGCGCUGUUCGGAUAUAUAUUGAGCGCUCAGAUCCAAGCUAUCUGGGUGUUAGGUUGAAUGUGGGGGUUCUGUUCAGUAUAAUAGGAAUUAUGUAUUUUUAUGUGUUUUUACUGUUGUUGUGAAUAGAGCUAUUUUCUGUAUGCUGAAGAUAUUUGGCUUACCACACCCAAGCCAUGCUUGCAGUCGAUCAAAAAGGGACUUCCAACUAACUUUUGAACCACUGGACCUAUUUGUAUGAUUUUGACAUAUGUUUGUAUUUGGAGUAUGCUGAUUCUGAAAAUGUGAUGUAUACUUUUAAAGUUAUGAAUAUUGUGUAUUUUCCUGUCCGUGAUAAUUACGUUAGCCCAUUGUGUUCAGUAAUUUAUAUCACAGGCAGAGGGGAGGAUUUUGUGAGUAAUUGCUGGGAGUGUAUUGUACGUAUUGAUUGGUUGUUCUGCAAAACCCUGUGGGCAGUACUGUGUGUAAAAUGUGCAUAAAAGCAGAGUGUUGGAUUAAAGCUUCAAUUCUACUUCACCCUCAAUUUGGAGUCCUGUCUCUUAUUGGGGGAAUCUGCUACAAGGGAUUGCUAUGCUCUGCAUAUUCCCUUGCUAUAAUCACUCCUAAGCUCUUGUAAGAGCUUGUUCCUGCUUUGCUCUUAAGGAAUAGAGGCUCGGCCAGCGGUGGUUGUGGUGUCUGCUAGAGUGCUUGGAGCCCUCAGGAAGCGCUAGGAGCAUCCUUCAACUGAGUUACCCAGUCGGGGUGCCAGGUGAUCCGUUACAUGUACCAACUCCAUUUAAAGGAACUGCUCUCCUUCAAUUAAGCAAAUAUUUAGUGAAACCAUACCAAGGGCUAGCACAAUCCCCACAAGGUUAUAUCCAAAAAAAAAAGAAGAAAGAUCCAGGUACUCCAAAGCUCAGCAUGCCAAAUUUAUUGCAGCAAAGUUUUCAGCAACUUUUAGAUCCUGCAAUGGGUCAAGCUGCCACUUACGGUGAAUAACAACCAAUUUAUAGGCAGUGUAAUUACAACAAAGUGAAAUGUAUCAUAAAACAAUGCACAAUCAAAGGAUACACUACAACAGAACACCCAUCAUAUGUGCUAAGAAAACCUGUUAAUCCACCAAACUAAUGGACACUUUGUAGGAAGCGACUUGAGGGGGGAAUUGUCACAGAGUAAAUAACUGGAACUUAUUAUAAAGCCGAGUAAUAUUAUAAACCCACCCAGUAUAACUGCCUGUAACCUAACCUACACAGUGCACCUAACGUGUGUGGGAGCCUGGAGUGUCCCUUUAAUAAUAUAAACCCACCCGGUAUAACUAACUGUAACCUAAUCUACACAGUGCAUCUGACGUGUGUGGGAGCCUGGAGUGUCCCAUUUAAUAAUAUAAACCCACCCAGUAUAACUAACUGUAACUUAACCUACACAGUGCACCUAACGUGUGUGUGUGUGGGAGCCUGGAGUGUCCCAUUUAAUAAUAUAAACCCACCUGGUAUAACUAACUGUAACCUAACCUACACAGUGCAUCUAACGUGUGUGGGAGCCUGGAGUGUCCCUUUAAUAAUAUAAACCCACCCGGUAUAACUAACUGUAACCUAAUCUACACAGUGCAUCUGACGUGUGUGGGAGCCUGGAGUGUCCCAUUUAAUAAUAUAAACCCACCUGGUAUAACUAACUGUAACCUAACCUACACAGUGCACCUAACGUGUGUGUGUGGGAGCCUGGAGUGUCCCAUUUAAUAAUAUAAACCCACCUGGUAUAACUAACUGUAACCUAACCUACACAGUGCAUCUAACGUGUGUGGGAGCCUGGAGUGUCCCUUGAAUAAUAUAAACCCACCCGGUAUAACUAACUGUAACCUAACCUACACAGUGCACCUAACGUGUGUGGGAGCCUGGAGUGUCCCUUUAAUAAUAUAAACCCACCCAGUAUAACUUUUUAUGCUUUAUUCAAAUUCUGAAAGCUUUGUCUUUUGGUAUUUUUCAUAGGUGACUUAUUUAUUGCCUGGGCUCUGCUGUGCUGAGAUUAACAGGAGGCUAAAUAUAAUGUGACACUGAGUAGGCAGCUGUCCCCAGAUUGAAUGUGUCUGGUCGGUGUUUGGGAUUAAAUGUAAACUUGUUUAUAUGCUUGCUGUGAACAAUGGGAGGAAAUGGUAAAAUAAAACACAGGGGUUACUGCAUGUUUCAGAACAAAUCUAGUUUAGCUGUAAUGGUUCACAACUGUUUUAUUUUUUUUUUUUUUAAAUUCGGAGUUGGAGAAUGUCUUUGAGUCCAACUUUGCCUAAAAUGUACAAUUCACUUGUCCUCUGUAAAUGUCCAGUUUGGAUAAACACUUGAAUUUUAAGGGGAAUUAUGUUUUUAUGCUUGCAUCCCAGAAAUCCGUAAAAAUAAUAUUCCCAAAAGAUAAAUAAUUUUCAUCUAGCCAAGCUAAGUCUAUUAGUUUUUAACACGUGAAGGUGUGACAUUCCAGUUGCCAUUUUGGAAUAGCAUCAUAUGAUAUGCAAGUAAAAACCUCCAACACCCCUUACAGAAGUAACAUGUUACAUGUCCAGGUGGUUGUAUGGCAUGUGCUUGCUAUAAGGCGCCUCUUGCAUCUUUCUGAAAAAUUGUGAAUUUAAGGGACACUAUAGUCUGCAGAUUAUUGUAUUUGUUCUGGUGUGUAGAAUCAUCCUCAUCAGGCUUUUUGCAGUCAUACUUCCUUUUCAGAGAAAAGGCAGUAUUUACCUUACAGCAUAGGGAUACCUCCACUGGGCACUCCUCAGAUGGCUACUAGAGGCACUUCCUGGGACAGUGCUGCACAAUAUGCAGCACUGAUAUUCAGUGUCUCCACCCUCUGCAUGGAGACACUGUACUUUCCUCAUAAAAUGCAUUUCUAUAAAACUAUGCUGAUUGGGCAGGGUAAUCUUUGGCUAUGUCCCCCACCCCCGGCGCACCUCAUUAGCUGAAAUGAUCAGAACUGACCAUCUCAGCCAAUCCAAUGCUUUCCUAUGGGAUAGCAUUGUAAUGGGCUUAGAUCAUCACUUCUAAUGAUGUCAGCCAAGGAGGCAGAUCAGUGGCAGAGUCAACAGCAGCAGGCUGGAAUAAAGAGAAGAUUUUACUAUAUUUAAGGGGUAGAUAGUGUUUUUAACACUUUUAAGGUCAGGAAUACAUGUUUGUGUUCCUGACCCUAUAGUGAUCCUUUAAAUUUAAUCCGUAAGCGAGCAGCUUGAACACCUGUUGUAUUCAUCUUAAUCUGCUCCAUGCUGAACUACAUAUCCCUUAAAUGCUUUGGUUUUUGAAAUAGGCCGUGCUUCCAUCAAAAACCACAAGAAGGCAAUAUUGGGUGAUGGGUAUAAUACCUUCUUGGUCUGUGCAGGGCUCACAGGUGAGUGUCUGCGGGUUUGUUUAAUUUACUUAAAUUUUUUUCCCCUCCAUAUAUAAAAGCUCUAAUUCAUUAAAAAGGAAAAGGGGGGGGGGACUGUUUUCUGCCUGGUAUUUUGUAGUUUUAUCUCUAAAGAUGAAAGUGUGUAGUGGCUGAAUGCACAUCAGUUCCACAUCUCUUCUUGAUGUAUUGUAGAUAGAAUAUUUUUGGGUCAACGUCUUCCUUAAAAUUUGACUUUUCUUUCUCUUUUCUAUCAGCAUAUAACUUGGCCAAAGAGCAACGGCUAAAUUUUGGAGAUGAUAUCCCCAGCGCACUGAGGAUUGCCAAAAAGAAACGUUGGAACAAUAUAGAGGAAAGAAGAAUCAACCAGGAAAAUGAGCUGCACUCUUAUCUCACCAAACUCAUCCUGGCUGAGAAGGAGAGGUAGGUUAAAGCUGGGAGGAAAGAUCUCCUGGAGCAUGUUCAACCUUAUCACACACAACUGAUGGUACAGCUUAUAGAUGUUGUAGAUGUGACCAAACUGGUUGCUUGGAAAGGGAAUGACUCCACACAUAAUUAUAGCAGAACUAGCCAUAGCGGCCAAUAAUGAGGGUCAAACUUGGUUCUCGUGUGAUUGACCCCGGUGGUGUAGCUAAGAUAACGAGUUGAGAGGUUCUGGAUACUGGCAUUCCUGUUCAGCUGGACAUAGGCCCUAAUUAUUGAAUAUUGUGUAAUAGGUUACAUAAUGACCAGUUCAUUAUUGAAUGCUAGAUCACUAAGUAUGUCUCUCCCUGAUUGUCGGGAGAAACUUUAAAACCUCCCCGGAGUGGCCCUCAUAGGCUAUCUAUCAGAUCAGAGACAGCUGUUGGGAUUCAUAUUUUUUCCUCCCAGUGGUGGGAAUCUGGAUGCUGUAUGAUGGAGCAAUGGUAUUCCAGAAGCUGUCUGCUAUCGUCACACUCAGACGGUCUUCUAGCUCUAGGGACAGACAUCUCGUGAUCUCCUCACUGCUAACGUAGUUUAGCAGCAGGAGAAGAAGAGGGAGAAUUGAAUCAAAUUCAAAUAUGUGGCUACUUCUAUUAUACCCUCAGAGUGCUAGGAUUGUGUCAGGAUUAUCUCUGGCACUUAAAGGGGUCAUUUGAAUAUUUGUUUGGUCCCUUUUAUUUCUGGAAGGUGGGCUAUGUGACUGACUGGUAAAGGGUCACGGCUGAGUUUAGUUCCUUGUGUGACGGACCAUGGUGGAAAAAUUAGACCUGCUGAGCUGUGUGCGCAGUAAUGGCUGGACUAGAUCACCAUGGUGGAACAGAUCAGAUAAUGACCUGCUGGGGUCAAGACUGGACUAGUUGCCUGCAUGGCCUGGCCAUGUGAAAUCCUUGUUUUCUUUGGACCCUGGUGCUGGAUCUCUUGUUUCAGAGCAUUGUUUGUAAACGAUACCUCACUAUUCUUAACCAAAAUUUCGAUUCUGAAUGUGGAGGAAGUGACACACUGUUCUUCUGACAAGCAAAACGUCUAUUUCCUUCAGAGAACUAGAAGAAACCAAGAGGAAGCAGGAGGAGGAGAAUGUGGAUGAGAAUAGGAGCAGAACCCAGUUAUCCAGCGUGGCUUCCAAACAUGUGAGUAGAAAAAGAUUGCGGCAUCUCUUGGGCUAAUGUCUGGCUGUAACUGAUAUACGCAGGGGCAGCAGGCUGGCUGAGGGUUAUAUGUUUGUUCCACAGUAAAUUUGUAUCUACACUACAUUUGGAAAAACAAGUUUACAUUCAGCUUUAUAGGAGUUGGUUGGGAACCCCAAUGAGUAAUAAACCCCUACACUUUGAUUUCAGUAAUCAUACAUGGACCAAAAGAAUUUAAUGUUUAAAUGGACCUAUUCUUGUCCAGGUAUCCUAUUCAAGUUUAUUCUAUUAGUUUCAUUAGAAAAAUGGCAGUAACGGUUCUUCCUAUGUGUUGCAUUUUUUUUCAUUGUAGAAGGUAUUGCCUCCACUUCCUCACACUCCAUUAUUAACAGUUUAAAUUAAUGCCGUUCCCCAAGGUGGCUAACCUCCAGAGAGCUGCCUGUUGCAGACUGUGCUGUUUUGUAUAGUAAUAUCGAGCAUGGAGACUGAGCGGAUCUAAACUAAUCUGUGAAUGCGGGAGUAUAUAUCUCUUGAGAUCCUGAAAUGAAAGGAUAUCCUGACUCUCUUUUUUUUCUUCUCAGGACAAGUAUCUAGCUGAGAUGGACGAGCUCUUCUCCCAGGUAGAUGAGAAACGAAAGGUGAGAUUUUAGGAGAGCAAGUUGCACGAAUGUGUUGCUGUAAAUCGUGUGCAUGUGUGCAUGUGAGCAUGUAUAGCUGUAAGGUGUGUGUGUAAAGCUGUAAGUUGCUGUAUAUUGGAUUUAUUGUUGGUUACCACAUUGUGCUCUUGUAAUUAAUCACAGACCUGUUAACACGUCUUUUUAUUUCUGUUCUAGAAAAGAGACAUCCCAGAUUAUUUAUGUGGUAAAAUCAGCUUUGAGUUGAUGCGAGAGCCUUGUAUAACGCCAAGCGGGAUAACCUAUGAUCGGAAAGAUAUCGAGGAACAUCUCCAGGUACCUUCUUCAUAAGGAUUUCAGGCAAUAAGCCUUUUUUGUUCAGUCAGAAACGUUUUAAAGGAUCACUAUAGGGUCAGGAACACAAACACAAAACCACCAUUUAGCCCCCUUGGCCCCUCAUGCCUCCGUAAAUAUAGCAACAUCUUACUGUAUUCAAGCCAGAAGCUGUAGCUCUGCAUGCUGUUUGCCUCAAAAAAAACAAGCUGUCUGCUGACAUCAGAAGUGGUAGCCUGAUCCAAUCACAGUGCUUCCCCAUAGGAUUGGCUGAGACUGACAAAGAGGCAGAUCAGGGGCAGAGCCAGCACAAUUCAAGCACAGUCCUGGCCAAUCAGCAUCUCCUCAUAGAGAUGAAUUGAAUCAAUGAAUCUCUAUGAGGAAAGUUCAGUGUCUCCAUGCAGAGGGUGGAGACACUGAAAGUUUGGAUGCAUUUUAGGCAGCCAUGACCCGUUAACAGACAGCUGAGGAGUGGCCAGUGAAGUUAUCACUAGGCUGUAAUGUAAAUACUGCAUUUUCUCUGAAAAGACGGUGCUUACAGCAAAGAGCCUGAAGGUAAUGAUUCUACUCACCAGAACAAAUUCAAUAAGCUGUAGUUGUUCUGGUGACUAUAGUGUCCCUUUAAAGUUGUUAAAGGAUCACUAUAGUGUCAGGAAAACAAAGCGGUUUUCCUGACAUGAUGGUGCCCCCAGCCUCAGGGUCCCCCUCCCGUGGCGCUGAAGGUUAAAACCCCUUCAGUAGCUUACCUUAGUCCAGCGUCUGCUCUCCAAUUUACUGUGCAGGAGAUUUCUAGAGCAAGUUAAAGGGACACUCCAGACUGCUAAAGAACUUUAGCUUGCUGAAAAGCUUUAUGGGUAAAGAGUGUGUUCUAUUUGGUUUUUUUGGGGGUUUUUUUUUGGAAAAAGUGCAGAUUGCAAUAGACAUUAACACUUUUUGUAAAAAAUAAAAAAUAAAAAUAAAAAUUGUAAAAAAUUUAUACUGGUUACACUCCCUGGCUUUUCCAGCAUAUGGCAGGUAAUGUUACUUCCUGGUUUGGUUAGCGUAGUUGCACUGAACUCAAGAGACCGCAAUUGCGCAGAGCACCUGCCUUGCAGACUUCUCCCUGAACUGCAUUUGGAAAUAUGUGAUUGGACAGACACAAAGUCUGGGCGCUGUUAGAAGAGGAGGGCUUGCAAACACCUCAGACAAGAGAUCCGCAGUUUUCGCAAGCUAGAUAUAAUUUUAAUGAAAAAGUUAUUUGAUUUAUUAUAUAUUUGGGCUGUGGAGUGUCCCUUUAACAUAUGAAUAUGGGGGAAAAACAUGUUUUUCGUGCAGGCCAUGUGGUUAGGGCUGCAUAAACAGUGAUUUAACUCCUAAAUGGCAGAGAAUUGAGCAGUGAUACUGCAGAGGCAUGAUCUAUGCUAAAACUGCUUCAUUAAGAUAAAGUUGUUUUGAUGCCUAUAAUGUCUUUUUAACAAAGUUUCUUUAUUUUAUGCAACAGCAUCAACAUUUGAUUUGUUUGUUCCCCACUAAUCUGAAAAAGAUAAGAUGACACUCACUCCUAUUUGGUUUAUUUAAAUAUGCUGAAUGUAGUUUUGUUGUUUUUAGUUUGACUUUGUGUUAUACGUAUCUUUUAUUUUAUUUUUUUUUCUUGUUUACCAGAGAGUUGGUCACUUUGAUCCUGUCACCAGGAGCCCUUUGACACAAGAUCAACUGAUCCCAAACCUGGCCAUGAAAGAGGUGAUUGAUGCCUUCAUAUCUGAGAAUGGCUGGGUGGAGGACUACUGAGCUGGUGGAGAUGAUGGGAGCUUGCCCUGCUCCAGCCCUGAACUGAGUGCCUCUCCAGCCUCCUGCCUUACUCCUAUUUAUCAUAUUGCCCUACUACACACCAUUCUCCGUAAUGAGGAACCAGCACUGGGUUCUUUGACAUGUUGUACUUGGUUAUCUCACCACUCUCCGGGAGCAGUGUCAGCCAAUUCCACAUUGAGCUAUGGCCCUGAUUUAUUUUCUGCAAGUAGACACUGUUAUUGUGAGGCAAUUUCUUCGUUGACCUACUACCCUUUCCGUUCUCCAUCAGCUUGCAAUGCGUGAAGUGAAGGUUUGGAAGUUGGCCACCAUCACUCACCUCUCUGACAGAUGGCUGGUUUUCUUGAGAUAUCACUUCUGAAUUCUGUGUAGGCAAAUAAAUGUUAAUUACUGCGCUAUUUAACAUGCAAAGGCUCAAAUGGCGAUUUGUUAUAUCUGAAGCGCUAACUUCUAUUCAUUUUGAGAGACCUGAUCCUGCAUGGAAGCUUCAAUGAGUCCAAAGUUCUAAACUGCAUCUUGGGUCUAGUCGCUGUGAGCAGAUGUUGGGUAUUAUAUUAUAAAUUUAACAUUCUGAAUGAAAACCGUAGUUAUUAUUGAGGGAGUGUGUGUGUUUUCUUAUGCACCCUCCUACCAUAGUACCUUACCUCAAAUUGGAAGCCUACUAUAUCUUUAAUUCUUCAUAUCCUGUAGUCGGUGUUUCGGAACAAAUAUGUGCAACUUCAUAUGAACCAUGUAAGAUUUUUCAUGCACUUACAACCACCAUCAGCAUAAUGGAAACCUGGUCAGAACUUGUAGUGGUGCCAGAGCAUAAAUUUCUCAAUUGAUGUCUACUAGGAGGACCUUACACUUGAAUGAAAAGAAAAACUGGAGAAUAUAUGGACCUCGCAAUACCAAAUGUUGACACAUAAAUAGAGGUCACUGUUUGCUUUAGCUCUGAAUUUCAAACGGUCACUGCAUGGACCUUGCUUUUAGAAACUCACUGUUGCUCAUGAGAACUUUUUAAUAACUUGUUAUAUUUCCAAGGUAAUAUUAGUAAAAUCCAUGGCUGUGCUUUCCAGACUCCUGCAAAGCUUGCAGCCUUUAGUCCGCUAUUCUAGAAAAUAGGCCAUUGAUGACUUUGGAUCUUUUAUGGUUUUGAACUAUUUCCCCCACCUGUGAUCUUUAUCUGCUUUUUCAAAUAUUUGAGGACUCUGAGUGUUGCUGGACUGUAAACUUUUCAAGGGAGUUAUUUUUCUUCUGAACGUGUGCUUUUCUCUGUAUAUAUUCUAAUGUAAAUAUAUUUGCCCAGUGACCCCCAAUGGCAUCAAAUGAUUUCUCUCACUAUCUUGCACCCUGGGAGAUCAACCGCUGUGUGAAUGCAAGGUGUAGUCAUUAAAGACGUUUCGCUGUUGCUUAAUGUCUGCUUUGUUUUGGACUGAUGUUCCACAAAGAAGCAAUCUGUGAAAUUCACCCCAACCGGUUUUCAUAGUGGUGGCUGAGGAUGAUGGUUGUUGACUAGCCCCUAUGGUAGCCCCCAGACCCUGAGCGCUGGUAGUUUAUUGUAC